AUGACAGAUACCUGUCGAAGUGCAUUGUUUAACGAUGAUUUUCUGAAUGAUGAUCAAGCCUAUUUAGAAGAUGUGUUUGAAGAACGUUUUAUUUUGAAAAUUUGUGGGUACCCUUUAUGUGAUAAUCAGUUAGGUUCAAUUCCGAAGCAUAAAUUUAAGAUAUCAACAUCUGUAAAUAAAGUAUAUGACAUUACUGAACGUAAGAAAUUCUGUAGCCCACAAUGUUUUACUGCUGCAAAAUAUAUUAGAGAACAGUUGCCCAGUAGUCCAUUAUGGGUAUUGGAAAAUGAAGAGAAACGAUGUUAUAAAUUAUGGAAUCAUACUAAAAGUUUUUCUUCGCUUGGUGAUGAAAUUCAAUUAAAAUAUGAUAAUAUAAAUGAAAAUGGGAUUGAUAAUCAUUGAUCUAAUAAAGACACUAAAAAUACACAAUUCACAUCAAUAACUAAUAUAAAACAUGAAUGUAAUACAAUACUAAAUUUACAAAAAGCUGCUGCAGAUGAUACAAGUGUCCAAACAGAGGUUGUAGAAAGUAUCAAUAUAAAUGAAUCAGAGACACAUAACUUAAAUACAACAAAGCUAACUAAUAGUAAUUCUUUGCCAUUAACUUCUUUUGAUAAAAUAUCUGGAAGCAAGUCUCGAAACAUAAUUAGACAAAAGAGCUACACAGAAGAAAUUGAUAAAAACACUGUACAUAAAAUGACAGAUAUAAAUGUUAAACAACAAAAAACUUUGAAAAAUAUAGUUUGAUACAAAGACCAUUCCAAAAGUUUCAAUUUUAAAAAUCAUUUCUAAUACCCUUUGUUCAUGGAUAACUGUUGAUACAUUAAUAUAUAUACUUGGAGAAGAUCGAGUUAAAGAAUAUUGUAAAGAAAAUAGUCAUCAAUUUAAAAGCAGUAUAGAUUUAAAGUUGACGCCCAAGCAGUUGGAACAAUAUGCCAAGUUAUGUAAAAAAUUGGAUUUAAUGGAAAUACAGGAAGAUCUUUCUUUAAUAACU